UUCAUUGAUAUAAGAAAUAUUUUUAUUGGGUUUGUCUUUCCUACCCUAUUAAUCAAUUUAUUUGGGUCAAUUAACUUCUUUCAUUAGAACUAAUCUGGAUUUUCAUUUGUUUAUAUCAUGAUUGAUCCAUUUGUCCUAAAAAAUUAGUAUAAUCAAAUUUCUUUAUUAGUUUUUAAACACAGAGAGAGAAAGGACGGCGACAGUAUUUUCCAUCGGAUUCUUCAUUUCCCGGGAAAGUUUCCAAGAAUCCUCUCUGAUCGGCGAUGAGCAAUGAAGGGUUCGAUUCCAUUUUUCCCUUCGUUCAAUGAUGUAGGAAAAAAAUGAGGUGAGGAGUCAAUUUAGACGGACAUUUAAUAAAGCUGUUUGUAAUCUACUCCAGCAUAUACCUACAAACCCCAAAGGGAUGGACAAGGGAUGAGAUUGAGAUUGAAUUCACUGCCAAUGCAUAUUCUUUAUCAGCUUCAAAUGCUGCCCACCUAGGCAGCAUUCGAGUAGAGAUAGGAUUUGGAAUCUGAAAUCUCUGGCCCAGUUCAACCUUCAAGUUGCUUCUACUCAUCUUUCUCCCAGUAUGUCAUCUAGUUAUUUAUUUAUUUUUUUCCUUUUUGUUUUCCUGGAACAAAUGUGUCCUGCAUGUGAGAUGUUGAAUGUUACUUGUUAUGAAAUGUAGCAUGUUGUAUAUCAUUAACAAUCUUCAGACAAGUAAAUGUUUUAUACAAAGAACCUAGAUGCUAUAUGGUUCAUGUGAAUAGUAAAGGGAUAACAAUAAAAUUGCAAGGAGGCAAGAAGGACAAGAUAAGGUAGUUAACUGUCAGUAAACCUACACCUUUGGUUUCUUGAAGUACAAACCCAAGCAAGAAUUUAGGAAGAAAGAAACACUGGUAAGGAUAAGCAAUAAGUGAUGAUAGUUGUUUCAAAUGGUCGUGAAGGUUAAGUGUAGAAGCAGGAAAUUUCAUUUUUCUCGCGAUACUUGGCUUCUUGGUUAGACAUUUGAAAUUCAAACUUCCCAUUUGAAAUUGACUGUCUAACUUGAAUUAGGAGUGAAAUAAUUACAUCUUCAAAUCUAAGAAAAUUAAUUUGCACAUGACUCUACAAUAUUUGGCAUUGAGAAACUUAUAGUCACCUCCCUCUACUGCUGAGGGAACCAUGACAGUGUUGUCGACAUCAGUUCUAACUUGCAAUGCAUUCACAUUUAUCUUGGUGCUUCAAAUCAUGAACCUGGCUUUGCUACUUGAAAGCUAUCACUUAACUUACACCAAUUUGGAUUUCUAAUAGAAGCUGUAACUCUCUCUUUAUUUUGUAUAAGAUCGAAUCUUUGAUAACUUAGGUCCCUUUUGAUAACCAUUUGUUUUCUAGGUCUUGAUUUUUUUAUCAAUUAAGCUUAUAAGCACUGCUUCUACUUAUUGAUUUCCUAUGAAACAUGGACACUCCAUUUUAGGCAAAGUGUUCAAGUCAGGCACUUUCGGACACGUUCCGGACACUUGUCCGACACACAAAUUUUCGUUUCCUAUAUUUAUUUAUUUAUUUAUUUUUAAUUACAGACACGUGGGGACACGUCUAGGACCUUCCUGGCAUGUCUAGAAAAUAUUUUAAAGAAAAAAUGGUCAAACCUUUUAUGUUGGACCGAUAUUUAAAGCCCAAAUCAAUUAUAUGUUAAAAUAAGAUUUUUUUUAAAAAAAAAAAACUUUUUUUAACAUAGAUUGGAAAAAAGAAAUAUACGCAUGCAUAAAAAACUGUAGCGUCAUGUCUGUGUCUAUGCUUCUUAACCAAGAGUGUAUCCCCAACGUAUUUGUAUCUGUGUCCAUAUUUCUUAGUUGAUUUCUUUUUUUUUUUCUUUUGUUAUCUAUUUUUAGGAGUGUAUUAAAAAACCCAAGUCAAAUUUUGAAGAGUAAAAAAACUAGUUUAAACACCUUUUUUGUUUUUGAAAUUUGGUUUAGAAUACAAAUGUUUAGUUAGGAUAGAUGAAAGUCGUUGUAAGAAAACAAAUACAAUUUUCAAAAACCAAAUGGUUAUCAACCGGGAUGUUAGAUGAACAAUUUUGGACCUAUGGAACACAGCCAGAAUUCUGAAUUCAAGGGUACAGUAUAUCAAUAGAUUAUGUGUUCAUCCCCAUUGGGAAUGGGGAAUUUAGAAAUUCCCCAAUUUCUAGAUUUCCACGUGGAAUUCACAUGUCCACGCCUGAUCAUGCAUGGAUCCAGCUACAGCCUACCCCACGAAAUGACUCACAUUUUACACAGUUUUGCAUUUGUUUCAGAGUGGAUGCCCUUUCUGCUGCUCUCCAAAUGAGGCAACUCAUUUUGUUUCAUAGUAACUUGUUGCUUAGCUGAAAAUAAGGAUGCUAACUUACCCACUUAAAGCUAAUUGGUAGAUUUUGAUGGCAGAUUGGCAAGCUUGUCAACCCCCAAUCAAUCAUAGUUAUCAAUGAUGGUUGGAAAGAACAUGUUCACAUGUCUUUAAUAGUAACUUCUAGGAUGAAAAAGAAGCUAUGCUUUUGUAGGUUGUCAUAUUUGGAAACCUGCUGAGAAUUCACUUUCUACUUUUAAUUCAAUGAUUUCGAAAAAAAAAAUAGCAAAUAAAGCCAAUGGAAUUUAAUCAUCCAGCUCUCUUAAAAUCGAAGAGUCAGGAGAAAAAAAAAUGACUGCCACAAUUGAGAAACUGAUAGGUACUAACUUAACUAGCUUUUAUCAGAAUGAAGCCUACUGGUAUUAGCUCUAACUAACAUAUUGAUGGAGUGUUUAUUGCACAAGAAAGCACUUGUCACGUCUCUUUUUCUCAUCCAUGAACAAGAACACAAGAAACAUAUCAGAACCAUCCCUGAAUAGCAGGAAUUUAGCAUUAAAUAUAAUACAAUCAAUCUGAGAAAUCCAGUUAAACACUUCCAGCUAUGAAGCCAUUUGGUGGUGAUUUGAGUAAACUUCUCACCUAAUGGAAGGAUUGUACUUAAAUUUGAAUAAUUUAGCUUAUGUCGGUCUGAGUAUGGGUAAGGUAGACAGACGAUUGUCCCAUCUUGAUUUGAGCUUAAGAUCAUGAUGGAGAAAGAUAACCUUCAAUUAUUAAACUGCUAUAUGUAAUUGAUAGGAGAGAUUACGUACAAAUGCUAAAUCUAGGAACUCUAAUCUGGAGUUGCUUUCUGAUAUUAGAAGUAGACCAAUCAAAGCCGAUUUAUGUCAUUAUCUUAACAAACUAUUAAGUAAACUCUUACAUGAAUAUGUUGGCUUAAUUGGUAAUUUGAAAGGAAUCAAUAAUAUGGUAUUGAGUCAUUAUUGAUUUGUGGCUUUAGUUGAACAGCCGAUGUAUAUCAUUAGGUUAUGCUGUGGAUCUGAUAAGCCUACAGGCAAAAAAUGAUAGCAAGCUGAGUUUAAACUUCUAAUCUGCUAAAUGAUAUAAUAUUAAAUUUACCUUCACCCAUCAACUUAAGGCUUUGAGUCAAAUCGGUGAUUUAAGAUAGUAGCAGGCAAGUAGUCCAGAAGGUCUUGUAUUCAAACUUACCAUUGCAAUAUUAUUUCCUCCCCAGUUAAUAUUGAUUUCCACUUGUUGGGUCUUCUAUAUAUUUUAUGCCCACAAGUGAGAGGGAGUUUUAAAUAAUAUAAUAUUAAAUUUACCUUCACCCAUCAGUUUAAGCUUUUGGGUCAAUUAGUGACUUUAGAUAGUUAGUAAAAUUAUCUUGUUUGGAUAAUGAUCAACAGGGUUUUAAGAGAAUGAAUAGAUCAGCUAAUACAUCUUCAACUAUGAUAUAGUUUAAACCUUAAGUGUAUAAUGUAUAUGCUGACGUUUUGCUAAAUUGAGUUUAACUUGUACUCCUCUUGAUGUUGGGAGUUCAAGUCCCUGACAUUUCUAUUUUUGUAGAUGAAGGAAUCUCAGGUAGAUAACCAAUGACUCAAUCAUGCAACGUUUGAAGGAUACUAAAGCUAGAAGUUAGAUUAAAAUGAAUCAGUAUCAGCAUUUUGCUACAUAGUGGAACUGGUGAACCUAACAAUAAUCUUUUUAGUGGGGAGCAAAGAACUAAAAAGUCUGAAAACAUACCUAUUUGGGACCCUUAAAUAUCCAUGGUCAUGAUCAUUUGUGUUAAUCAUCUCUGCAGCCAACAAUAUCAAACAAGCAUAACUUCUCUCUCAUUCUAUCUAGAAUGGCUUAGUAGGCUUUCCAUAUAAAGUACUUUUUGUGAUAUAAGCAAUUCUGAGAUUCUGUCAACCAUUAUAGUUCAAAUUUGUUUGAAAAAAGAUACGCAUACCUAUUCUCUCUUUUUUAGUAUGUCCAUGGAGGAUAACUACACAUUCAAUUCAAUAGUGUAUCUGUGCAACCUAAUCUUGGCACGUAUGCAAAUUCAUCACACUAUAACCUUCAAAUUGGAGUUCUCAAACAACUCUCCUAUUUGUCCACAUGAUUUGAUGUUGAAAAGAAUUGCCAACCAAAAGUUUUGUAACUUUCUAUAUGUUUUAUUUGCUCACUUCUUUAAGAUCAUUCUAGGAAUCCACUGAAUUCCAACUCAUCAACAGUUAAAAGGGAAAUUAAUCUGCAUUUUACUUCCCUUCUGGGAUAUUUAAUUGUUAAGGCUAUAUUUUCCUCAAAUAUCUAAACCUAACAAAUGUCCUCUAUUUAUGCCUCCUAUGACAAGCUAAACAACUAAGAAUCAAGUCUUUGAAGAGAGCUUAAAAAAUGAAGUUAUUAGGAUGGAUGCACAACAAAUUUUGGCAAAGUGGAAUCGAGUCGGUCAAGGAUUUCACAAUUGCAAACCCAUGCAUGUGCCUGUCAUUACAAACACCAGUUGAUGAUGAAGACAUCUAUUUGAAGCCAGGUUUCGGUUGCAGAACCGUGCAGCCCCAUAGUCAGGAUUAUGAACAAUCAUCUUUUGGAGUUGAAGCCAACAAUAUAUUGGAAAAAUGUGGGGACUUAUCUAAUUCAUCUGAUAUUUUCCAUGGGUUCCUCACUAUUGGAACUCUGGGUUCUGAACCUGCAACACCAACAUUCUCCUUGGCUUUUGAAAACAUGAUUGAGUUGCCAGAUGAGGUGACAGAGGAUGACCUAAAACUGAUAAAUUAUGAGUUGGAAAAAUUUCUUGAAUCUGAAACUAAGGAAGACUGUUGUGAUCAAUCACCUGGGAGGACAAGCCAUGCUAGUAUUAUCACACUUGCAGGCAAGCAUACAGAAGUAACCGAAGAUGAAAAUGAUGGGAAGACUCUAACAUGUCCACUUCAGGGAUAUCUAUUUGGAUCUACAAUUGAACUUCCGGACAAGAUGAUAGAUAUGAGGAAGGAAAAACCUUCAUCUUCAGAGUUGUUCCAAGGGACUAUAACAGCAAAUGAGAGUUCCAAACUGAACUUUGAGAAAAAGGAGGUGUUAGUCAAGCAUUCAAAUAAAUCUGCACUAAGCUUUGUGAAAAAGAUGCUUAAGAAACUUCGUACCUCUUCACAUGGUUCAAGCACAUAUGACUCAGGUGAUUCAUAUUCAACCAAGAAGAAACUCCAAAAGGUGCUACGUAGGUUCCAUAGAAAAAUACACCCUGAAACCUCUACUGCUACAGACGAAGGCCGAAAGUCCCAAAAAUACAUCUUCGAGAAUGCGUCUUUCGAUAACUUCAAUAAUGGACGUGUGAUGAACAGAGUGGAAGAUCGAAUAACGUAUUGUCAGGAAUUCAUCUCAAAAGAGGAAAUGUGUUAUUGGAAGACCAACUUGGGCUUGCCCCUUUAUGGGGUUGAUACCUCAAGUGCAAACAGAGGGCACUGGAUCAAGACAGAUGCAGAGUACUUGGUGUUGGAGCUUUAAGGGAAGAUGAUGUCUACAAAUACCAAAGUCCAUCUACCAAGCACAAGGAUCAGAAUGGUAUCAUAUAUUAUAUCAUCAUGUAGAAUAAUCUCUUGCAAGUUUUUAAGCGAUGACGUAAUCAAUAAUGUACAUGUUGCUUUGUGUUUUAAGUGUGAUAGUGAAACUCUAAUUUGGUUUGGCAUUUGUUGUAAGCUUUUAUAAAUGGUAUGGACUGUCUACUAGAGUCAUUUGAAUUCCUGUCACAAUCAUUUUCAUCUGUGAAAUGUCAAGUGUUUUGUUUCCUUUACAUGUACAUUCUUCAUAGAUUAUGAACAGAACUUAAAUAAGUGGGUUCUUUUAAACAAAA